UGCGGCGAUUGAUUGCAGGCCGGCGGCAAAUAAAUAAAGCCCGAUUCCCACUCAACUCAAAUAGUUCCCAACAUGUCUUCAUAUCACCCGGAAUUCUCCGCAUCGGAGCAAUCGAAAAUAGACGCGGAAUUCUCUAGAUUGGCCAAGAACAGGAGUGUUUACCUGGAUCAUGCAGGCACUACUCUAUAUGCCGAAAACCAGGUGAAAGCCACCGCGGAAGAACUGCAGCGGAAUGUGUUCUGCAAUCCGCACACCUGUCGCCUCACCGGUGAUUUCGUGGACCAAGUACGAUUCAAGGUACUGGAAUUCUUCAACACCACUGCCGAGGAUUACCAUGUGAUCUUCACGGCGAAUGCCACAGCUGCUUUGUCCCUAGUGGCGGAUAACUUCGAUUUCGGGUCAUCGGGAGACUUCCACUUCUGCCAGGAGAACCACACCUCAGUGUUGGGAAUGCGAGAAAGGGUCCAGGCAAAUGGUAUAUAUAUGCUGAGGGAGAAUGAAAUCUCUGGCAGACUGGCCAAAGAAAACGGAGUUCGAAAGCAAUCCGAGAAAACUGGGAACUCCCUUGUGACCUUCUCCGCCCAGUGCAACUUUAGUGGGUAUAAAAUUCCCCUGGAUGCCAUUGGAUCAAUCCAAAACGGUGGCUUAUCCAAGCCGGGAAAACAAAUUUGGGGUUCUAGAAGAGAGAAAGAAGAAAGCACCCAGAAUGAUUACUAUAUCUGCCUAGAUGCCGCCUCUUUUGUGGCCACCAGUCCCUUGGAUCUGCAGAAAUACCGUCCAGACUAUGUGUGCCUUAGUUUCUACAAGAUCUUCGGUUAUCCCACGGGAGUGGGUGCCUUGUUGGUCAGUCGACGAGGAGCCGAGGCCUUCGGAAAGCGUCGAUUUUUUGGCGGCGGUACCAUCAAUUAUGCAUAUCCUCAUGCCAUGGAUCAUCAGCUAAGGGAAUCCUUCCACCAGCGCUACGAGGAUGGCACUCUGCCAUUCCUUGCCAUUGUGGGAUUGCUUGAGGGCUUUCGCACGCUGGAGAGAUUAGUGCCCAAAACGGGGGAGUAUGGCACCAUGGAGAGGAUUUCGAGGCACGUUUUUGGCUUGGCCAGGUACCUGGAGAACGAACUGAAGCAGCUAAAACAUCCCAAUGGCGAACCCCUCAUCCAGCUGUAUAAUAAAGUGGGCUACCAGGAUAAAUCCCGCCAGGGAGGCAUUGUGGCUUUUAAUGUGCGCACGGAAUCGGGAUCCUUUGUGGGGUUCGGUGAGAUCGCCUGUGUGGCUGCUUUGCAUGGGAUUCUCCUGCGAACAGGAUGUUUUUGCAACAUCGGUGCCUGUCAGUUUUACCUAAAUCUCGAUGAAGAUGCCAUGGAUGCGAUUUACAAGCGAGCGGGUCGCAUAUGCGGUGACUACUUUGACCUGAUCGAUGGUCAGCCGACGGGAGCGGUACGUGUAUCUUUUGGCUACAUGACCACCAUCCGCGACGUGGAGGAGUUUCUUAAGAUGCUGCGCUCUAGUUAUUUGGCCACCAAGCCGCAGCAGAGGAUACAAUUCAUCGAAGAUCAGGCGGAGCAACUGCCACCAUUGCUAAAGGAGAGAGUCCAGCUGUUAAGGCCAAAACUACUCCAAAUGGCUAUAUUUCCGGUGAAGUCCUGUGCCGCUUUCAAGAUCGAAACGCAGGGCUCAUGGCCUCUGACGGAUCAGGGUCUGAAAUAUGACCGCGAGUGGAUGAUUGUGGACAUGAAUGGCAUGGCGUUGACUCAGAAACGCUGCACGGAACUGUGCCUGAUAAAGCCUGUGAUAAGGUCGAACCAAUUGGAGCUGCGGUUCGGAGACGAUUCCUCUGUGUCAGUGCCACUUUCUCUGGAGGAUCAGGCAGCAGACUCGGCGAAAUGCGUCAGCAAAGUGUGCCGUCAGCCAGUGGAAGGAUUAGAUUGUGGCGACGAGGUUGCCCAGUGGUUGAGCCAAAAUCUGGGCUUAGAGGGCCUCCGAUUACUGCGACAAUCGGGCCAGAGAAACUCUUCCAAGGAUCAGCAGAAGCUAAGUCUGGUGAAUCAAGCUCAGUUCUUGCUGCUUAACAAAUCUUCCGUGCGAUCCCUUCAAUUCGAGGAGCCUUUGGACGAGACUGUGGAUCGUUUUCGGGCCAAUAUUAUCAUCGAUACGGGCUGUGCUUUCGAGGAGCUGGCCUACAAGGCACUGUCCAUCGGCGGCAUCCACUUUCAGGUGGAAGGUCCCUGCCAGCGCUGUGAUAUGAUCUGCAUUAACCAAAGGACCGGCGAACGAUCGCCGGAAACCUUAACCACAAUAUCCCGCCUUCAAAAGGGUCGCAUGAGAUUCGGAAUUUACAUCACUAGAAUUCCUCAGGACACGAACAAUUUGGAGGGCAAAGACCAGCACAUGACCUGCGGCGACAUUGUCCUGGUGGAGUAAGCCCUUCUCACAUCACAUCUUCAUUUGUCCAAUCGGUUAGUUGACUAUAUGUAUUUUAUAGUUCUCAAAUCAUUUUUAAAUAUCUUUUUAAGCAAAUUAUUUUAGCUUAAGGACAUAUUUUCUGACUUAAAUACUUAACUCUCCACCAUACCAGCAUAAUCUUAAAUGUUAUUUUUUAUUUAGUCAGCUUUCAUUUUGCUUAUACUUAAUGUUAGUUUUAUAAAGAGAAAACUUUAACAAUCAUGCACAAACAUUCACGCAUAGUUUAAGCUCAACGUAACCGGAUACCUCUUGCCAGUUUCUUAAGCCUUUGAAAGGCCUUAAUUGAAAAAUAAACACAAUCAAAUCAA